AUAAAUAAUGCACCCUAGUUUGGACUUUUGCUUUUCCAAAAAAAUGAAUACCAGUUAUUUUAAACAUUCUUAUUUCAAUGCCAUUUGCCCAGUGUUUGUGGCAAGAACAUUUUAAUGUUUUACAAAGUAGGAGCAAAACAGUUGCUCGAGACGCUAGAUGGUUGCUAAGAAAAAAAGGGCCUUUCUACCAAAUAUGGGCAAAGGCAUGUCACAUGACAAGGAAUCUCUGCUUCGGCGGUUUCCCCUCAGUGUUUGUCACAUGACCGGAUGUUGUGCUCUGCCCGCUGUUAGUAAUUUUAUCAUGGCCAGGAACGAAGAGAAACAGUUCGGCAAACUUAACAGGCUUUGGCUCCAGAAGGAAAAAGAAGAAGGCCGAAUUAAGGUUCCAGAUAGACCUAAGCUGUCCUCCCUAAAUACUGCUGCAUCUGUGAAAAAGUGGAUCCCAAGCAUAAAGAAUGAGAUGGAGUACUACUUACAGCAAUCCCAACUGUCCCACUACCCCGAAAGGAAGAUUGCGGAGUUCCACAAGCGUAUCCAGGACCUUGAACGGGAGUACAAGCUGCAUGUACGCAAACUCCGCACCCUUGACCCCACUUACAGACACCAUCCCUGGACGCCCCGCGCUUACACCAAGAAACGGAAUGCGAAAAUGCCAUGUAAUUCGGAGAUCCCUGACCCCCCAAGCUUGGAGAGUGUAGACACUAUUGGAGCAUGGAGGACCGGUGGUGAAGAUGAACAGUCCUCAGGGACUUCAGGCCCCCAGGACCUGCCAGGCCAGGAUCAGCCCUUGUCCUUCAACACGGACCGGCUGCCCCUGAUUGUCGGCAGAUCACGAGCGGGGAGUGGCAGCCGUGGAGCCGACGGCCUGACCCAGGCCCUGCUGUCUGGCCUGCCCAACCUCCAGAGCUCUCCGUUAGCCCAAGCCCUGUCAGCACAGAGGGGGGGCGUGGCGGCGGCUACCAGUUCCAGCUGUGCUCCUCAGAACACACCACAUGUCCUGGGGCUGGCCUCUUACUGGUCCUCCGAUGAAGACACCUGACUUACUAGCCAGCCAAUAGCUAAAGGUUCUGAAUCAUGGAUGUUUAGGGAGUGCCAUCUUUGUUAAUACAGCUGGGAUAGCCGGCCUCAGUGUGGUGCUAUCUAACUUUGCGCUAUGUUUAUCGUAGCUUUUUAGUGUAAGACAAGCACAGCUGGCCUGCACUUUCCUGCCUAUUCGAGAUUAAACGGCAAUGAUGCCUCCCUCAACCUCGAA